AUGGAAGUGCUUUUGAAGAAACGGCUCGUUGCCUUCGAGCGGCUGAAACGGGAACAUGCGAGUGCAAGACAAGUGACGCUGGAAACACCAACCUUUGAGGUUAAUGAUCGGCUACAGAAGUUGGUCGAAUUGCAGGAGAAUUUCGAUAAAAUUCAGUGUGAAAUCGAAGACGCAGCUACGGAGGAAGAAUUGCCGUCGGUGCUCAACGUACGGGAGGAUUACGAGAAACUGUUCUACAUCACCAAAGGAAUCUAUGCCCGGUUGCUGGAAACAAAACAACCGCAAGGAUCCUGCGGUGGUAGUAGUGAUGCAACGUACAUUGAACCCGAAACCGGACUCAAGGAAGCCGUUCGUGUGCUGCUGGAAACACAAAGAGCGUUGUUAACCAGGCAAGCUGCAGCUUCAACCACCGUGCAGGAGUUAGCUGACCAGCUUCGCAACAUAAGGGGAGAUCCAAUCGACACGCAACUACCAUCGUUCAGUCUGCCUACGUUCAAGGGCGACAGAAAGCAGUGGGCAUCGUUCAAGGACAUUUUUAUCAGCAGCUUGCAGCUGCUCAUGUCUCACCUUGAGGGGGAAGCAAAAAGCCUCGUUAGUAGUUAUGCAAUCACCAAUAUCAACUACAAAGAGGUGUGGGAUACACUUGUAGAGCAGUACGACAAGCCGAAGUUUGCUGUUUCGGCGCUUGUCCAGGAAUUUUGUGACCAGCCAGUAAUCAAAAUAGCGAAUCUCGUGAAUCUACGGAAGCUCGUAUCGACCUCUGACGAGGUGAUACGCCACCUAAAAGCCAUGGGCGCUGCUUACGAGUCCAGAGACCCCUGGCUCAUCCAUAUCGUCGUGAAGAAAUUGGAUGAGAAUUUGCGUUCCCAAUGGGCAUCACACAUAGUGGAUAUCGACAACCCUACUUUCGACGAACUGCUCAAAUUCCUCAAGCGAAAAUGUGACACCUUUGAGACCUGUGCUGCAUUCGGCAGUAAACAUUGGGAACCUGUCAAGAAGGAGAUUUUUAAAGAAGAGCGGAAAAAUCCAACAGUGAAGAAAGAAAUCACCAGUUUCAGUGUCACUCAGCCAUCUUGUCCAGUGUGCUCUUCGGGAGAUCACGGAAUCUACCAGUGCUCUACGUUCAAGGAGGCAUCAGUGAAGGAGCGGCGGGAAAUAGCACAACGGAUGCGGCUCUGCUUCAAUUGUUUACGCUCAAACCACUGCGCGAAUUCGUGUCCGUCAAGAUCUGUGUGCCGUACAUCAGGUUGUCAACAAAGACACCACACCUUGUUGUGUCCCGUUGACAAAUCGGAGGUGACCAGCAACGUCUCCACAGUCGAGGACGAAUCGGUUACAACCUGCGACACCGAAGACAACAAUGAACUUGUAUCCUGUGCGUCGAAUGUCAAAUCAAGCAAAUCGACUACUUCGAUCUUCGUUGCUACGUUGCCGACAGCUGUUGUUCGCGUCCAGGGAAAGGAUAAGCAGUUCCAUGAAGUCCGAGCCAUGAUCGACAGUGGCUCCCAAUCGUCGCUAAUUUCAGAACAUUGUGUCACCGUUCUUGGAUUGGAGAGAGACAACGCCAAGCUGAUAGUUUCUGGUGUUGGUAAUGGAGCAAAGGAGACAACGCGAGGGGUAGUGAAUCUGGACAUUUCCUCACGAUUUGAUGACAAUCUGAUCUGUCGAACGAAAGCGUACGUGUUGAGCAAGCUGUCAACGAAUCUACCAAGUCGAGAAAUUGAUAUCAGCCGUCUGAAGUGCCUGGAUUCAUUGCGGCUAGCGGAUCCGCAUUUUGGCAGACCAAGUAAAAUUGACCUGAUCCUUGGAGUAGAUGUGUUUUUGUCCGUUGUUGAGGAUGGAAAAGUAAAGGACGAGAUGGGAGUUCCAGAGGCAUUGAAUUCCGCUUUCGGUUGGAUUGUUGCUGGUCAAGUCGGGGUGACAAAUGAUGUAAUAUGCAACACUGCAAUUGUUAGUUUGUGCACCGAGUUGAACAUUGAUCAAACUCUCCGGCAGUUUUGGGAAGUUGUGGAGAUAAACAAGCCGAAGCCUAGAACGCCGGAAGAACAGAAAGCUGUCGACGUGUUCCAAGCAACGCACCACCGUGAAGAAUCAGGAAGGUUUGUGGUGAGCCUCCCCUUCGACGAAACCAAACCACCACUAGGGGAAUCGCUUCCAGCAGCCAUUCAUCGACUGAACGCAAUCCCGACGUUCAUAAUCGAAAUCGAUAGCGAUCGUCAUCGUUUCUUGAAGAUUGCUAAAUAA